GAGGCCGACGAUGGGAUGGAAACUCACGUCUGCCACGUGGAUGGCUUCUACCCCAAGGAGAUCGAUGCCUCCUGGAGGAGGGACGGGGAGGAACAGCUGCAGGACACCUUCCGUGGGUCUGUGGCCCCCAAUGCAGAUGGGACCUACCACUACUGGCUCAGCAUCCGGAUUGAUCCCCAAGAGAGGGACCGCUAUCGGUGCCACGUGGAGCAUGACGGCCUGCAGGAGCCUGUGGAUGUGGCCAUGAAGG